UCUACCACCGCGGCCAUGUCAGGACGUUGGUUAUCUGGAGGUCCAUUACCUGAACUCGAUCAAUUAGCCCUUUCACCACCUUCGUCUCACGUUCUUUCAAAUCAUCAAUCUUCUAAAUCCUCGGAUGCUCGUUUCAAUUCUCACUCUUCUCUCGGUAGUUCUUCAACAGCCGAACAACCGAUCAUUUUAUCUCGAGAAAUGAUGAUUGGUGCUAGAUCUGAUCAAUGUUGUUCAACUUCUCCCAACUCACAACAACUGAUUCCUCAAUGGCCUAAUACCUUUAGUACUGACUCUGGUCUAUUUGAUCGUAAUCGUGAUGAUCACCGUAAAAGGAAAAGGAAUAGGACUAUGCAAUCUUGUCUACCUUGUCACACCAACAAGCGAAAGUGUGUAGACUGUUUUUUUUCGAAAUCUUUUUUUUGUCUUUUUCUUUUCAUCGCCCCUUCUCUCUUACCAACAAAGCUAGUAGCAUGGAUCCCACUCUCAAUAUGUUUCAAUCUUUCUAUCCUCUCAAAUGUCAAAAGUUGGUGUAUUUAUCCGUAUUGAAUAUUGCCUUUUUUGAAAAUAUAACAGGUGUGAUCGAGGUCGUCCU